UCUCUUUCUCUUUCAGCCGUCAUGUUACCCCAACAAUAUUGCUUGCGCUGGAAAUACCAUCACAGCAAUCUACAGACAAUGUUCUCACAGCUCUUGGACCGUGGCUGUUUCUGUGAUGUGACACUGGCCUGUGAGGGACAACUGAUACGCGCUCAUCGCGUAGUGCUCUGCGCCUGCAGCAGCUUCUUCGACACAGUGCUUACGAAUUAUGCGAGUGAGCGGGAUCCGAUAAUUAUAAUGAAGGAUGUCACAUUCGCCGAUGUCAAGUGUUUGAUUGAAUUCAUGUAUAAAGGCGAGAUAAAUGUGGAACAUGCAAAUUUGGCUUCACUCCUAAAGACUGCAGAUGAUCUCAAAAUCAAAGGUUUGGCGGAAGUUUCGUGGCGUGACGAUGACGAUGGACCGCCCCUACCCACCGCUGCCACGGAGUUUCACUCACCCACACUUCUCGGUCAUGACGUGUACAGUGCAAGACAUGAACAGCAACGCGCUGGUUCACCGAGUUUCAUACCACCGCAGCGGCUGACGCGUGAACGCAAGUUGUCAUCACCGAAGGAUACCACGCAGGCGCAACAAAGUUUGCCUACGUUGACGCCGAUACCGCCUACGAGUAGCGCUUCAAUGGUUGCUGCUGCUGCUGCCGCCGCCGCUGCUGCAGCUGCUGUGGCGUCCGCUGCAUCGCCAGUGGACGGUUACUUGGGCACGAAACGUAAGCGUGGAAGACCGCCACUAGACGAUGCCUACGAUGUAUUCAAUGUGCGAAAACUCACUCAGUAUGGCAACCAUUUGGACGCGCAUCAACAUCACCAUCAAGCGUAUUUGGAGGCACAGCGUCAGUACAAUGAAGAGCAACGUCGCCUUGCUGUCAUCUCGCCCAUACCGCCGCCUUCGUCGUCAUCUGCCGCAGCUGCUGCCGCAUAUCACCAACACAUUCAACAACAGCAACAUAAUAAACGCAUGCGCCAAUUGCAACGUCAACAGCAGCAACAACAACAAUCGCAACACCAUCACCAACAGUUGCAUGGCGAAGUGGACGAAAUGGAGCAGGAGGACGCACAAGCAGACCCGGAAUGGAUUACAAGCAAUUUAGAGGUGAAUGUGGGCGGCGGUGGCGACAGUGAAGCAGCUAUUGAGUCCGACUCGGAAGGUGCUUUGAUGAAGGAACCAAAAUCUGAAUUCAUCGACGACAAAGAAGUCUCUCAAACUACUAAAAUUUAUGUCAAAAAACGCAAGGAACGUACAUCUGAGGAACGUGAAAAACUGCAGUCUCGUGAACGCUCACUAGCACGUAAACAAGCAAGCGUUGAGGAACGCGAUGAUAACAAUGCAAGCAAUGAAGAGCGUGCACGGGUAGAGCGUCGUGAGUCGCGUGAGCACAAUCCACAAAAGGAGUGCAGUGAACAACCACAGGAACGUAGUACUGCCAACGGAGAGCCGGUGGAGGAGCGGGAAGAAAAGUCUACGCCUAUUGCGCCCGUACCGAAGCCGGUAGAAGAAAUGGAAAAUGUACGACCAACGAAGGAGAAGUCUAACGGCGCUGCGUCCAAUACAACAACCAGUAACAAUGGUGGCUCACACAAGCGUGCAAGUGCCGGCAGUGAUCACAGCGCACAAUUACCACUACCGCCGCCACCUCCGUCACUGCAUCAUCCGGCGCAUGCCUACGGCAAGUAUGUGCCGGAAGGUUAUCUGCUCAAUGAACAUGGCAUAUUGAUGACUCACGAUUUCGUACAUGCACCCACAGCUGCUAUACCAACGGCUAGUGUAACAGGGAGUUCAGCGAGCGGUUCCGCAACGGUAGCUGGUACCGCCAAUGGCAACGAUCAGGAUUAUGUUGAUAUAAAAAUGGAAGAAUAUGAUACUACGGACUUGCGUUUAACCACCGAAGAAAUAUCUGAAUGGCAGGACGUGAUUAAAAUGGACGAUUAUUUGGCUAAAGGACGACGGCCGCAAUUCUGGGAGGAGCCCUUUACACGUAGGGUGUUGGAUGCUAUAAAAAAUAAAAGGUUGGAAAUGAAAAAGGCCGCACGCAUUUUGGGUGUCUCUUAUGGCACUCUGUAUGGACGAUAUCGAGAGGUUUAUGGCUGUUUGAAACACCCAUACAGCAGCUCAACUUUUCGCCCAUCUCAGUCAAAUCAACUGGCAGUACAACCGUACAACAUGGUCUGGCCGUCACCUAAGCGAGACAACAGUCUUAUGCCCGGCCAGUUGGGUAGAAAUCGGUAAAAUACGUCCAAAGGAUUUAAGCGAAUUAUGGACGCGGCCACAAAUUUGAAAGAAAGAGCCGAACAAUAUAAAAAUAUGUAAAUAAAUUUGAUGUUUAUCAUUAAAAGUUUAUAGUACAUCUGUUGGCUGAAAAGUGUUAUUAGUACUA